GUAGUAAUAUCUAUGCAGACAAAAGCAAUAUGACACACAUAAUCUCGUGAUUUUUCUUUGGAGUUUUUAAGAGAUCUAGAACAUUUCAAUUAAUCGGAAUAACCACAAAUGAAGGAUUUGCCAAAUAAUUAUAUAUUUCUCGAAAUAUUUCGCCUGGGGAACAUCCAUCAUUGUCCGAUCAGCUGAAAUGAUAAAACAUCAUGAGAUUCUCAAGCAUGAAGUUACAGUAACAAAGGAAGCCUCGUUCUGGAGACAACUUCUCGUAUCCCCGAGAUUUUAUUUUGCGUUUCUUUUCAUCCAAGUUUUUAUUCUUGCAACUUUUAUUUCCACACGGAACUUCACCAAUUAUGAUCCAAUGUUAGUUAUCAAAGAUCAGAAAGUCCAAGAGGAACUGUUUAAUAAUACAGGGGAACAUUGUUUAGCAUGGAAUACGUCAGAGCCAGCACCAGAGACAAAAUGUGCCAUAAUUUCACCGUAUCUAAUUGGUUAUAGAAAACCUGUUAUCAGCGAUGAAAUCAACUGGGAGGACACGCUACAGAAAUAUAACUCUGUCAGGUGUGGGGGACGUUUCCGCCCUUCGAACUGCAAAGCACGACAGAAGGUGGCGCUGCUUAUUCCUUUUAGGGAUAGAUACGAACAUUUGAAAAUAUUUAUUCACCAUAUACACCCAUUUCUGAUGAGGCAGCAAUUAGAAUAUGGAAUUUAUAUAAUUGAUUUGGAUGAGAGAAUACAGUUUAACAGAGGUCUCCUUCUAAAUGUGGCGUUUCUCGAGGCCAGUAAGGAAUUUGAUUACGAUUGUUAUAUUUUCCACGAUGUGGAUCUGCUACCGGAAAACGAUUACAAUCUUUAUCGCUGUUCUGAUCUGCCACGUCAUAUGUCUGUAGCCGUGGACAAAUUCAACUACAAAUUGCCGUAUGUUGAAAUAUUUGGUGGUGUAUCAGCCAUGACAAAAGAGCAAAUAUUAUUUGUCAACGGAUUUUCCAACAAGUUCAGCGGAUGGGGAGGGGAGGAUGAUGAUAUGUAUAACAGGCUUAAAUUUCGUCAUAUGACAGUUUUAAGAAGUAUGAACGACGUCUCAAAAUACACGAUGCUCAAGCAUAAACAAAGUCCACCUAAUCCGAAAAGAUUUAAACUGAUCAGCACAGGGAUGAAACGGGUGGGGAAGGACGGAGUAAAAAACUUGAAGUAUAAAGUUAUGAAGAGGACAGAUUAUCCACUGUAUACAUACGUCAAAAUUACAUUGUAACGUUUUUCAUGCUUUUUUUUUGUGUUCAUCAGAACUUUUUUUCCCGUAUUUUUGUAGAAUGACAAAAAACUCGAAAGGAGUCUAAAUGAUAAUAAUAAAAUAAAUAAAUAAAC